UCAGAGAGCUGCUGGAGAAGAUCAACACCAUGGUUCAGAGAAAUGCAGGAAGAUACUACACCAUUGAAAUGUUCAGAGAGGCUGACCUAAGGAUUGUUCUUAUUGGGAAAACUGGAGCUGGGAAGAGUUCAACAGGAAACACCAUCUUAGGAGAAAAAGCUUUUAAAUCCUCAACAUCUUUUUCCACAGUAACAUCAAAGUGUCAGAAGAAAACAGGUCUGUUUGAUGGUCAAACACUGGCUGUAAUUGAUACUCCAGGUUUAUUUGACACCGGAAAAACUGAAAAGGAGGUGAAAGAAGACAUGAGUUGGUGCGUCAAGUUUGCUGCUCCUGGUCCUCAUGUGUUCCUGAUUGUGAUUCAGGCCAACAGAUUCACAGAAGAAGAACAAAAAACUGUCAACAUCAUUCAGGAUAUGUUUGGAGAACAGUCAGCACAUUACACGAUGGCCUUGUUCACCUGUGGGGACAAUCUUGAGAGAGAUGGGGUCACCAUUGAAAAAAUGAUCAAUGAUAAUCGUGUUAUCUCUGACUUCAUCCAUCAGUGCGGUGGAGGAUAUCAUGUCUUUAACAACACAGUCAAAAAUCCCUCUCAGGUCAGAGAGCUGCUGGAGAAGAUCAACACAAUGAUUGCGGGAAAUGGAGGAGAAUACUACACCAAUGAAAUGUUCAGAGAAGCUCAGAGAGUCAUGAACAAACCAGAAGCCGACCUCAGGAUUGUUCUUGUUGGGAAAACCAGAGUUGGGAAGAGUGCAGCAGGAAACAUCAUCCUAAGGGGAAAAGUAUUUAGAUCAGCAUCUUCCUUUGUAACACCACAGUGUCAGAAGGAAACAGGUCUGUUUGAAGGUCAAAAACUGGCUGUAAUUGAUACUCCAGGUUUAUUUGACACCAAAAAAACUGAAGAAGAGGUGAAGGAAGACAUCAGUAGCUGCAUCUCCCUUGCUGCUCCUGGUCCUCAUGUGUUCCUGGUUGUGAUUCAGGCCAACAGAUUCACAGAAGAAGGUCAAGAAACUGUCAACAUCAUUCAGAAUAUGUUUGGGGAACAGUCAGCACGUUACAUGAUGGCCUUGUUCACCUACGGAGACGAUCUUGAGGCAGAUGGGGACACCAUAGAAAAAAUGAUCAGUGAUAAUACUGUUAUCUCUGACUUCAUAAGUCAGUGCCGUGGAGGAUAUCAUGUCUUUAACAACAGAGACAAGGACCCCUCUCAGGUCAGAGAGUUGCUGGAGAAAAUCAACAGAAUGAUUAAGAGAAAUGGAGGAGGAUACUACACCAAUGAAAUGUUCAGAGAAGCUCAGAUAGCCAUGAAAAAAAUAGAAGCCGACCUCAGGAUUGUUCUUGUUGGGAAAACCAGAGUUGGGAAGAGUGCAGCAGGAAACAUCAUCUUAAGGCGAAAAGUAUUUAGAUCAACAGCUUCUUCUUCCUCCUCUGUAACAUCAGAGUGUCAGAAGGAAACAUGUCAGUUUGAAGGUCAAACACUGGCUGUAGUUGAUACUCCAGGUCUGUACAAAACUAAACUAACUGAAAAGGAGGUGAAGAGAGAGAUUGUUAGAUGCAUCUCCUUUGCUGCUCCUAGUCCUCAUGUGUUCCUGGUUGUGAUCCAACCAAACAGAUUCACCAAAGAAGAACAAAAAACUGUGAAAAUCAUUCAGAAGAUAUUUGGUGAACAAGCAGCUGAUUACACGAUGGCCUUGGUAAUCCAUGAAGAUGAUGAGAAGCAGGACACCAUAGAAGAAGCAAUCAAACAUCCAGAUCUCAAAGACUUUAUCAGUCAGUGCCGUGGAGGAUAUCAUGUUUUUAACAGCAGAUUAAAGGAUCCCUCUGAGGUCAGAAAGCUGCUGAAGAAAAUCAACACAAUGACUGAGAGAAAUGGAGGAUUCUGCUACACCACCAACAUGUUUGAAGAGGCAGAGAAAGCCAUAAAAAAAGAGAUGGAACGACUUCAGAAAGAAGAUCCAAAGAUGACGGCCAAAGAAGCAAGAUACAAAGCAGAAAGAAGGAACGAGUUUACUCAGGGGAAUUGGGAUGACAUUAUUGCUGGAGCUGCUGCUGCUGGUACUGGAGCUGCUGCUAAGGUUAGUAGUGGAAUUGGCAUUGGAGUUGGAGCUUUACUUCAAGGAGCACGUGUUGCAGGAGCUAGAGGAGUUGUUGGAGUAGUAGCAGGAGUUGCGGGAGUUGCAGCGGGAGUUGCAGUGGGAGUUGUGGGAGUUGCAGCAGUGGAUAUUGCAGUAAAAGCCACAACUUUGAAAUGGAAAUUGUGGGAUUGUGUUACACAGUAACAUUCAGUAUAAACAUGUGUCAGCUGCUGGUAAAUAAGAACAUUUAUAAACAUAAUAACAAUAAUAGUGUGGAGUUCAGUAUUUUCUGAUAAAGCGAAUUAUAAGAUAUGAUACCCAAAGAAGAAAGAAACAAAUUCUUUAGGACAGCAUGAGAGCUUUUGUUCAACAGUAAUUUCGAUCAUUUAGCAGUAACCUAUUAAUGACAAAUUAUCAUAAAGAAGGAAGAAAAUACUCACAUCAUAGUGUUAUUGUCUUUGUAAUUCUUAUUGUUAUUAAUUGUUUUUUUAUAUGAAAUAUAAUCUUUAAUAACAUCAUAGUGUGUAUUAGUGUACUGAAUAAUCAUUACAUAAUCAUUACUGAUUAUUAGCUUAUUUGUAAUCAUUGGGAAAAUA